AGACAAUGGACGACGACGAUGCUGCAUACAACCCGUUCUCGAGCAGUCACGUGUGGAACCAGACAGCGAGCAAUGAUGGACUGGGCACUCACGAGUCAGCGCUCUUCGCCCCCGUAGAGCUAGACAUAAACUCCAUAAGAUUCGACCACCCGUAUGCCCCCAAACAUGAUCUCGAUCGCGAACUGCGACUGCCCGACUUGGACACAUUCGACUUCGGCCCCUUGCCGGAGCUCGACAGCCUCGAUGAGUCCAGCAUCGCCAUCGACACUCCACCACUCGAGCCGGAGGAGGACAUCUGGGAGGUCGCUCUCGAACUAGGACCAGCAAAUAAGGAUGUCUUAUUCUACACAUGGGAAAGCUUUGAGAAGGGCGAACACAUUGCUAGUGGCACUCCCUAUGUCAGCGAACACGGUCCCAAAGCAUUUGAUGCUGCACUUGCUCAUGACACCGCCAAGUUGCCGGCUGGCAGGGUCAUCAGAUCGAACAUCCUUAUCCAGUCGCUGUGGAAUCUUGGCCUCGGUCGCUCGUCCAUUCUCUUCCAAUUCAACUACACGCUCAAGAGCUUCGAACCUACUAUCGCAGAUGGACGCCCCUCAGGAACCAGUCUGCUUGCAGCCCAGAGCCUAAUAGGCCGCUUCGUGCAUAUUGGCAAUACCUUUUUGUAUCUCAGAGCCUUCGUCGAACGAACAUUCACUUCAGCCAAGUCCAUUCCAGCACGAGUUGCCCUUGCCACGUCAAUUUCGAGCCUUCUUGAGACGCUGGAAAGUCAUCUGGGUGGCCAAUCAAGGAAAAUAUCAUCCUUGCUUCAGCUACAGCGGCUAUUCGCACGGCCUCGCGAGAUACUGAUACAUGUCGCACGAAUGACAGACUCGGUCAAGCAUGCGAAGACCAAUGAGCAGCUGGCGUCCAUUCUCCAUCACCGCAUACUCGAGGUUGAAGAGAGUGACGGGUACCUGAGGCAGAUAUCAGGCAAUAUUCUGAGCCAUGUUGCGGAACCUACUCUGCAUCUGAUUGGAGAGUGGAUUGGUAUUAGAGAAGAGCAGGGGCCGUUGCCGAUCCACCAGAGAGGCAGUUUCGUGUCGGUCGAGGAUGACACACCGGAGCAAGGUCCUCUGGAGUACGUCUACCAAUCAGAGAUGAUGCCGAGAUUCAUCACUCCAGAGGAUGGUAAUCUCAUCUUUGACACAGGCAACAGUCUGCGCUUCCUAAAGACGCAGCAUCUGGAUCAUCCGCUUUCCAACUUGGACAAAUUCGACGUACAGGCCCCAGAGUUGGAGUGGGGCUUUGCGUGGCAAGACAUCGAAUCCGUCGCAACGAAGGCCAAGAUCUACGAGGAAGCGCUUCGCUCAACAAUCCUUGAGCUCACUCAGAAGAAAGAAGCCGCAAGACCAAAGUCCUCACGCUCCUUUGAUGUACCGACAAAUCGCCCUGCAGACCAGCACAGCUCAGAUCUCGAAAGUUACUUCGAAAAGUCUAUAAAGGAGAUGAACGCCCAGCCUGGGCUUUUCAAGAGAGGGUUGCCAGAUGAUCUCCACAACCUCCUCGAGGACAUCCUCGCCCAUCAGAUGAAGCCCGACUCCAACACAUUUGCCCCGCCUCUAUCUAUCACAUCUGCACUGUCAUUCCGCCCGCUCAUCACUGCUCAGGCAAAGCUGGUCAAUGCAGCAACCCUCCGCCUCUUUUUUCGGGCUCAUCAGCUACGGCAUCACCUGUCUCUACAACGACAAUAUCACCUCCUUGGCGAUGGCGUUUUCUCCUCGCUUCUGGCUUCUGCUUUGUUCGACCCCGAUCGCGAAAGCGCAGAACGUCACAAGGGCAAGAUGCGCAGCGGUGUACAGAUGGGACUGCAGCUUGGCUCGCGCACAGCCUGGCCCCCAGCAAGCUCCGAACUUCGUCUUGCUCUUCGUGGUGUCUUAAGUGAAAGCUACUACACUUCUGCCCUCUACCGAUCCAGCCUUGCAGCAGACCUGGCCCCCGCGGCCAGCACUACCAUAACCGGCAGAGACACGGACUCACUUCCGGGGCAGCUCAACUUUGCGAUUCGCAAUCUUACCGAAGCCGAACAGACUCUUGUCAUGGAUCCCGACGCGCUUCCAGCACUGGACUUCCUACGCCUGCAGUAUGUGCCACCCCCGCCUCUCCAUCUGGUCCUCACGACUGCUUCUCUCGACAAAUACGACACCAUUUUCAAGUCGUUACUCCGCCUUGCGCGUACCCUCUUCGUCGUCUCCCAUCUCCCUCGCCAGUACGCAAACCUCACAGCCUGCAAGUUCAGGAGCGAAGCUCACCACUUCGUGACUACGUACACAAACUACGUCUUCCAGAGUGGUAUUGCAGAGCACUGGGACGAAUUCGAGGACUUUGUGUUCACGCUGGAAAGGAAGCUCGAUGAAGAAGACAAGGCCGGGGAGCUGGGCGUGCGGGUUACAGAGGGUGUAUCGACGCUCAGAGAUGCGCACGAAAAGUGUUUGGACAGCAUCAUGUUCUCCCUGCUUCUCCGGCGCCGACAGCGCAAGGUCGUUGCAUUGGUGGAUGAGAUCUUCGAGUUUGUGCUGGCUUUCGCCAAGCUCCAGAGGAGCGAAGCGAAUGGCGAUGAGGGAAGCGCGACAGUCGAGGAGCUGUACGCUAAGCUCAGGGGCAAGAUCAGGGUGUUCCUGAGCGUCUGCCGAGGGCUGACGGGCAAGAAGGGCUAUGGGCAGAAGGGCACGACUGAAGAGAAUAGCAUUGAGAGGCUGGUCGUGGCGAUGGAGAUGAACGGGUACUUUGCAAGCUGAGAAGAGAGUUGCGUCAAGCUAGCAAAGAAUUUAACAUGAGAAUGUUGUUCUAUGACAAGGGAAAUCCACUCAAAUUUGAGUCUGCUCUUCUCUCCUGUCGGCUGUGGGGCUGGAGAAACUGUCGUCUGAAAACACCCUACGACGGACAGAAGACGCUGGUGUGACAACCU